AUCAUAUAAAAAAAGGUAGAGGGAGUACCAAAGAUUAAUAAUGCACACAAUGAUGAGCCCAAGCCUGUAAAUGAGGUCUUUCCCAAACCACCUUGCAUGUAAAGUAUAAACUACAAAGAACAAAAAAAAUAAAAGUAAUGAAGAAACAAUACACCCAAUUACCUAGGCCUAAUCAUGAUCAUCACACCAUUCUCUUCAUCAAUGAAAAAAAAAUAUAAACAUGCAUGUAGCAUCGACAUUUUCAGAUUGAAGGGGUCCCUAGUUUCCAACAUGUGCCAGUGUCCAAUACCAAUACCGAUACGUGUUGGUGUUCGAUAUCGGCCUUGACACCGACAACAACGACACAUAUAGUUACAUUCAAUUACUUUAAUUUUUUCAUAUUAUUAUUAUCAUCGUGGUGUCAUGUCUGGUGUUCGUCUCUAUGUGAGCAUGUGACGCUCAAUGUUUUCAUUUGUUAAAACUUAAAAGGACAUGUCUUUAAUGCCUGUCUGUCAUAUAUACAUAUAUAGUUCAUAGGGUCCUUUGUCCAUACUAGUCAGUUUCAGACAGUUCAAAAUCUCACUCUUUAACUUUAGAAAAGCAAAACAACACAUGGAAAGCCGUUUGAGGUUGAAAAUGUAUUCCUAAAAGCUAAACAGGAAGCAGUUUAGGAACAAACUAUAAUGAUAAUAAGUAGUUAAUUUGCAACUGAUUCAUUUAUAUUGUUAGAAAAGAAUUAAAUCAAAUCAUCAUACAUGCCAUAGUUUAACAACAAUUUAAUAUGGUGAGACCAGUGAUGAGCUACUUAACAAUUAUGGACUCACCGAAAGUGAACAUUAUUUGGUCACAUCAUCCUCUUAGAUUAUUAAGCAUUCAUGACCAAAGUUAUUAAGCAUUGCAUUCAUAUAUUAUAUAUAAUUAUAUAUGUUCAAUUACUUUUAGGAUAUGCUUAUUAAGCAGACAUAUGACCCAAAAUGAGGCUCAUGCACUAAGCAACACCAUGUUAGUGGUUGUUCAAAGCAAGUAUGAAACACUCUGGAAAUGACACAAAAAUAAGCUGUCUUCAAAUGUUUAAAUCUAGGAGCAUGUGAGUAUCAUCAUCAAUAAUCAUGGAUUUGGAAAUUUGAGUAUGGGCAAUGAAAUGGGUAAUAACAACACUUCUGCUAUCAAAGAGGAAGAUAACAUAAGUGAAGCUGAUAAAAAGAAUCUCCUAGAGGAUACCAGUGAACUUGCAAAUGAGAUAUCACAAGAUGUUUAUGAAGAUUGUGUCAAAGAAGAAAAUCAUAAUAUACCAAUAUCUUUAGCCAAAGAUGUUAUGGAAAAAGAUUCAAACACUUCUAGUGAUAUAACAAUUGAACUUGGAAAAGAUAUAGCACAAGAAGAUGGUCAUGAAGAUGAUUCAAAAGAAAAAAUUCAAACCAUUUUAAUAGAUGAAGCCAAUGAUGCUGAUGAGAAAGCUGCAUUGUUUGAUUCUAAAAACAACACAACAAACAUGCUUGAAAGUGAUUCAUUGGAUGAUACUUAUGCAAGUGACAUAAAUAUGGAAAAUGAAAUGCAUACAAAAGCUGAAGAGGAAGAUGUCGGAGAGAAUGUUACAGAAUUGGCUUCUGAAGAUGCAACAACUGAACUUGGAAAAGUUUCACAGCAAGAAGAAAGUCGCGGAGACGAUGCGAAAGUGGAAACUCAAAUGAUUCCAGAAGAUGAGGCCAAAGAUGUUGAAGAGAAAGAUACAGGACUCAUUUCACACGAUAUAGAAAGCAAGCUUGAAAAUGAUUCAUUGGAAGGUGUUACUCAUGAAAGGGACAUGAAUAUGGAGAAUCAAAUGCAUCAAACUAAUGAAGCGGAAGAUGUUGAGGAGAAAGCUACAAUAAGUUCACUUAAAAGUGAUUUAUUGAAAGGCAAAGAUGAUCAGGAAGUAGCUGCAGGGUUGGAUUAUGAUGAUAAAAAAAGUGAACUUGAAGUUGAAGAUAAGUCUCAGGAAGAGAAACAAGAUGAAAACAUGAUAAUUCCUUUUACCAAUGACAUAGAUGAUCAAGGAAACACUACCAUCUUGGCUUUUUAUGAUCCAUUGAAUUUGAGAAAUUCUUUUGUUGGUGAAGGGGAAGAAAUGAAUGGAGUCGCACAACCUGAAAAGUCUCCACAUGCUGAAUCAGUUGAAGGUGAAAACUGUGAGAGCUUAUCAAGUUCUUCAUUGGAAGGUAGUGAAGAAUGUGUGAAGCAAGAAAAGUCAUGCUUAAGAAAAAAUCCAUCUCUAACAUAUAAUCAUUAUCUUAAUUAUGAGUCAUCAAUCAAACCAGAAUUUAAAGAAUCACCAAGUGUACAUCAUGAUGAGGUUGUCAAAUUUAUCUCAGAAGAUUCACUUGAAGUCAAUGAAUCACCCCUGAAAGAAACUUUACCAGAUGGCGAUUCUGAUGUUUCAGAAAAAGAUAUAGAAUCACAAGAAAUAUUUUUAUGUGAAAACAGCAAUGAAAAUCUAUUGACCAAGGUCAACUAUACUACUGAGGAUUCCUUAAACUCUAACCAUGAAGAAAACAAAUUGAGCAGAAGUGAAUCAACAAAUGAAAGCAGUGAUAAAGUUGAAGAAACUGAGAAUGGAUUUCUCUUUGAUGCUUAUGUCAACAACUCCAUCAAUGUUUCAGCUGAAAACAGUGAUGCUCUACAAGAAAAAAAUUCUGUGGUUCAUGAAGUUGAAGCAGUUGAAGAUGAAAACCUUGAGAGCUUGCCAAGUUCUUCAUUGGAAGGCAAUGAAGAAUGUGUGAAGCAAGAAGACUCAUGCUUAAGAAAAAAUUCAUAUGUAACAUAUAAUCAUUACCUUAAUGAUGAGUCUUCAAUCAAACAAGAUGAAGAAGAAACAUCAGUUUUAACAUCAAAUGAUUCAGAAUUUCAAGAAUUACCAAGUGUAAAUCAUGAUGAAGUUGUCAAUGUGUUUCUCUCUGAACAUUCAAUUCAAGUCAAUGAAUCUUUCCUGAAAGAUACUUUACCAGAAGCAGAUUCUCAUUUUCAACAGAUUAAUCAUGAUGUUUCAGAAAAAGAUAAGGAAUCACAAGAAAAAAUGUUAUGUGAAAACAACAAUGAAAAUCUAUUGACCAAUGUCAACUAUACUACUACUGAGGAUUCCUUAAACUCUAACCAUGAAGAAAAUUUCAAGGUACUUAAUGAAGAAAACAAAUUGAGUGAAUCAACAAAUGAAAGCAGUGAUCAAGUUGAAGAAUCUAAAGUCACUGAGAGUGAGAAUGAGUUUCUCAACAACUUCAUCAAUGUUUCAGAUGAAAACAAUGAUGCUCUAGAGGAAAAAAAUUCUUUUGUUUCUGAAAUUCCUGAAGUUGAAGCAGUUUUUCUUAUUGCUGGAACAAAUGUUAUUGAAUGCAUACAUGAAAAGGAAAAGAAUCAUCAUAGUAAUCAAAUUGAAGAUACAAAUGAAAAUCUAGAAUCUUCCUAUGUCAUGAUAAAAAAAAUUGAGGAAGAAUCUUUUUCUUUGAAUUCUGAUUCAAACAAUUCUAUAUUUGCAAAUGGUGGUUAUGAAACAAGGUUUAGUACUGAAUCAAACCCUGAUAAUUCAAGGAUCUCUUGUAUGAUGCAAAAAUCUCCAAGCUUCAAUCUCGAUCUCUGUAUCGAAGCGGGACGAGAAGAAUUGGAUCAAAUUCCAUUGCUUUAUGAGUCUGACAAUGAUAACUUGUUUAACAAGAAAAGUCUAAAUCUCAGAAACUCAAUGCCUCAUGAUGAAUAUGAAUCUGAUCACAUUGAUCAGUGUUUGUUACAAAGUGUUGAAAUGCAAGUGGAAGAGAAAAUAGUUACUAUGGAAAGAAGUUACUCUGAGAUAUCUAAAGGUGAAUUCAUUGGUUUGUUAAAAGAAGAAGAAGAAGCUCAUCUUCUAGUCAUGGCAGAGACACAAGAUAACAAUGAUGGUUCAAAGAUGGAAGUGAAGGAAGAGUCAUCUUCUUCACCUAAAGGAAAUGAAAAGCGAAAGUAUCGGUCUUACUUCUUCACUAGCUGCAUUUGUUGUGCAACAUUGCCAAAUUAAAACCUUUAGAAUUGCACUUACUUUUCUCUUUUACUUUACUUUUUUGUGUUAUGAGUUUCUUUCUGAUUUGGUUUUGUGGAAGUGGAGUUUUAAUGUGGAGAGAAUAUUGAUUGGUAUUGGUUCUGACUUCAAGUCUAAUGCGCUGCUUUUUCGAAGUAUUGUCUGUUUAAGAACAUUAUCAUAUGGUCGAUGAAGUGGUUUUUUUCUUGUUAAGCUUUGCUAUGUUUGAGAGAUUUCAUAAAUGUAGAGAGAGCAAGCAGCGAGGAUUUAAUGGAGGCAACUUUUGUAAGUUGUAACAUUUGUUAAUUUGUUUGUUUUACAAUGAUAUUCAAUGGAAACUUUUUGAUACAUUUUACUCAAAUCAAAAGACAAAAGGUACAUGUCUCAUAAAUUCAUCAAAA